AUGACUCUUACUCAAAUAGGACGCUUUGGUUUAUUGAUUACGAUACUUCUCUUAUUUGUUUAUGUUAUUGUAUUAAGUAUAACUAUCAAAAAUAAUAAAGAAUAUGUUUUAUCAUGGACACAUUUACUUAGAUUUAAUUCAUAUGAAACUAAUCAUACAGUUAAUAAUUUAAUGAUAUCUUCUAUGAAUAGUGUAAAUCUACCAAAAAUACUUAUUGUAUUAGGUACACGUCCUGNUGUCCAGCAAAAGUUCUCCUGAUGUGACAGCCUUGGUCACCAUCAUCAUUAUUCACAUCAUCAUGAUGGUUCUGCAUCAUCAAAUAAUCUUCAAGAUGAUUAUGAUGAUGAUGAACAAGAUGAAGCAUCAGCUUCAUAUGCAGCACAAGUUGAACAUUUACAAGAAUAUGAAGAUGCUAAUUUGAUUCUUGUCAAGAUAUUUUAA